AGCUCACGUUGGUCCUCCCAUUCAAGUGACGUGUAAAAUCUCGGAGCCAGUCCCAUGACAGCCGCUGUCACGCUGCCAAAUAUCCCGUAGACUUGGAGAGAAAGAAAGGGCAAAUUCCGUUGAAUGAACCUUCCACACUUUCAACCUGAUGAACAGGGGUGGCGGCGUAAUUUCAUAUAUAUAACCUUUUAUAUUUUAUUCUUUUCCUUUCACCGACCUUCUUCAACCUUUCAACUUCUCUUUGUCGUUAUAUCAAAAACCACCGUAGCCCUGUAAACGUGAGUGAAAAUCCUUUGUGUGUCGAAACAUUUCCCAGAGCAAAAAUCGUACAAUAAUUAAGACAAUUACAGACCGGAAUUGGCGUUUAAUCGCGAAAAAUGAACCCUAUGCUGACACGAUCGCUGUUGAGAAGCUUGGCCACCGGAAUUAACGGCGGCCGGUACGUUGUUAAUUCGACGGCCACUGGCGGCGCAGCUGCCGCUGUUGUCAAGCCUUUUGAAGAUGCUUCUGUGGUGAGGGUUCAGGAUUUGGGGAUGUUGGGUGGGCAGUGGAGGAGGAUGAUGAGCGCCGUCCCGGAACCAAAAGCCCCUGAUCAAAAGGAGGAGCCGAAGUCUGUCAGCGGCGGCGAAGUUGCAGUGAAGGACGAAAAAGCAAAAGCGCAAGCCAUUUCCAGUUAUUGGGGAGUUUCCAGGCCUACAAUCUUAAGGGAAGAUGGCACCGAAUGGCCUUGGAACUGCUUCAUGCCUUGGGAUACAUACGAGUCAAAUGUCAACAUUGAUCUUCAUAAGCAUCAUGCUCCAACGACAUUUCUUGACAAGGUUGCUUUACGGACUGUCAAAACUCUCAGAAUUCCGACAGAUAUCUUUUUCCAGAGGCGCUAUGGCUGUCGUGCAAUGAUGCUGGAAACUGUCGCUGCUGUCCCUGGUAUGGUGGGGGGUAUGCUGUUGCACCUGAGGUCCUUGCGCAAGUUCCAGCAGAGUGGUGGCUGGAUUAAGGCGUUACUUGAAGAAGCUGAGAAUGAGAGAAUGCACCUAAUGACCAUGGUGGAGCUUGUGCAACCUAAAUGGUACGAGAGGUUUCUGGUUCUCACUGUGCAGGGAGUUUUCUUCAAUGCAUUCUUUGUUCUUUACCUGUUAUCUCCCAAACUGGCUCAUAGAAUUGUUGGUUAUCUGGAAGAGGAAGCUAUACAUUCCUAUACAGAGUACCUAAAGGAUAUUGAAAGUGGCGCAAUUAAGAACGUUCCAGCUCCGGCUAUUGCUAUUGACUACUGGAGGCUUCCUAAGGAUGCUACUUUGAAGGAUGUUAUUACUGUUAUCCGUGCAGAUGAAGCUCACCAUCGUGAUGUCAACCAUUUCGCUUCAGUAAGUAUCUCCCCUGCUGUUUUGUGCCUCUUCAAUCUGUUUUGCUCUCUUAAUCUUUAUGGUUUAUGGUGCUCUUCCCGUGUGGUUUUUGGUUUCCCUUUCUGUUGAGGAAACAACAUUUGCUUGAUAAUAGAUGUACUUCAGGAAACUGUUCAAACAGUGAUGUCUUUUUUGGGUCUGCUUGAUGUCAUUGAUGAAUUUGAAAACCUACUUGAUUCUGAAUAGCCUAUUACUGUUAAGCGUUAAGAUAUCAUCUAAAUGGCAUUGAUUUGUUCAUCAUUUUCUGGUACAUCUGUGUUUUACGAGAAUCACUUUCGAUCAUCAGUACUGUACUGCUGAAUGAUUGAAGAAUGAAUGGAUAUAUAUAUAUAUAUAUAAAAAGGUUCUAGGACUGAAGAUUAUAUUAUGAAAGCUAUAAGGAGGCAAUACUGUUAUUACGUGUUAAUGCUUCUUUUUUCCACUAGCAUUUCCUGAAUCACAUAGAAUCGAUUAUGUUUACACAGGGAUGAACGCUCAUUGAUACAUUUUUCUGGUUUAUUUACACAGGAUAUUCAUUAUCAGGGGAAGGAGUUGAGGGAGGCACCAGCUCCGCUUGGUUACCAUUAAAGCUGCUCACCAUUAGUUUUCUGUGAUAUUCUAUCUAAUCUAUAUACAUAGCACCAUUAAUCUGUCUCAGUAUUGGUACAUGUCGUCGUGUUGAGUUGUGGCACUAUUCAAUAAAGCGCAUUGGGUGUAACGGAAUGGUUUUUAGUUUUUACGAGAAGCACUAGUGUAUACAGUUCUGUAAGCGUUGUCAGUUCUGAAUUUUAUGAUGCAUCUGCUCGAGUUGACUAAAAUUCUUGUAGUUGAGUUAGUGGACAGGAAUCUCUACUUGUGAAUCCUAUAUGUUAUUUAUGCUAAAAUGUGCAACGAGUGACAAUAAAGAUAACAAAUUCACGAAGUUAUUUCGCAAAAGUAUAUCUUACCAAUUCUUUGAUCAAACUUUUGGUUUUUUAAUGCUACCUGGUGGAUCUUAUGGUCAUUUUGAGACGUAAAUGAAUCUUAAAUACAUGAAGAUAAAUUUAAUAGAAG